CAGCUUUUUGAACUCUUGGUCGAUACUUCCUGAACUCUUAUAUGUCUGAAUACGGAUUGAGAUGUGGUUGUGAGGUCUGUCGUCGAUUAUUCCGAGGUUUACUCCGACCAACUCAACAAGCAAUGAUACCCCACUUUGCAGCAAUGAAGUUUCAUGACGUCGUUCAGGUUCACCAUCUAACCAUCGUGACACCUCUGUUCAACAUUCAAAUAAUUGACUACUCCCGAAUUUAUUCACUUGCGCUUCCCAAACCUUUUUCUAAAGAUCCUAAGGCAAAGUCUAAUCAGAGCCAAAGGAUAAAGAAGAAGCCAUCGCAGCAUAUUUCGAAAAAACAUCCGUCUAUCAGGAGGAGCUUUUGGCGGAGGGGACAUAUUCCGCUCCUCGUCUUCAAUGGUAUUGCCAAAAUCCGACGGAGUUCUAGGGGAAAGAUCUGAGAAUUCUGAUGAGAUUGGAGAUGGUGAUUCCAUACUUGAUCUCGGCGAACGGUGUUCAGAUCCUCUUCUUGGUUGAUGCCGUCCGUUGAUGCUUGCCAUUGUCGGCAACCCUAGUCUGGGUAUAGGGCUUUCUGAAAACGCAUAUUGAGGCCCAGUGGAACUCUUCCUGCCCUGGAGUAUCCGGGUUUAUGUAUGGCCUGAGAUAUUUCCAAUCAAUUUUGUAAACACUUCGCAAAUUGGCAUACGAGUCCCAUCGCAGCAUUGCCGAAUCUGCUAGCUCCAGAGUUGGGAACCGUUUUCGAGUUUUCUUAGACGUGGCGUCCGGAUGUUCUGGUGAUGGGGAGAUGGGAAGAUACCAGGAGCGUCGGCUGGCAUGGAAAUCGUUGGAUCUGGAGUAAAUUUCAUGCAGCUUUUUGCCUUGAAAAGAUGUGAUCUGUACUAUUUGUGAGCCUGUAUCUAUACUGAUCUUGGGUAGGGACAUACUAUCUGGAAGUGA